CUUAAUAUUGUUUUAUAAUUCAGUUUUUAGGUAUAUAAAAUAAUUGAUAACAAAAUGUAAACUACCAUUGGUGUAAAUGGUUUACAGGUCUUAAAGGUUAGUGACAUGGCUGUUGAAGAGGCGAGACGAUGGGAUGUAAUGAUAUCAUAUCAACAUGACGAUAAAGAAAAAGUAAAACGAAUAGCUGAUUGGCUUAGACAAAAGGGGUAUUCUGUUUGGUUGGAUGAGUGGGAACUACAAAGCAACAUCUACGAAGCCAUGUCUGAUGGUGUAACCAAUUCCAAAAUAUUUAUGCCAUGCUUAACAAAAGCAUAUGACAACUCAAAAAAUUGUCGUAGGGAGUUGCAAUUUGCAGCUGAUAGUUGUAAAGAUAUGAUUCCAUUAAAACUAGAGAGAUACAAACCAACAGGAGCAGUAGGCUUGAUUAUUGCUGGUUUAAAAUACUAUGCUCUGUAUGAUGGCUUUAACGACACCCAAUUUGAACACAAGAUGAACGCUGUUAAUAAUAACAUCACGCAUAUACUAGGAGAUGUUCAGGAGAUGGAUGAGCAAACCAAGACACUAUAUGAUCUAGGUGUCGACUUAGUAGCUAAGCAAGAGUUUUCUGCUGCAGUUAGAGUCCUGGAACUAGUAUACACACAACUGGGAGAGGAAUUAGGUGAAGAUCAUCAUCAAGUUAAAUACAUUGCCGAAUUACUGCAGAAAUGUCAUGCGCAUUCAACAAAAACACCGGAAGACGAUUCUGUAAAUAUUAAACUCAACGAAAUUAAGAGGUUGAUUAAAUAUUCAGUUGCAGGGGGAGUGGUGUUGAUUUUAAUUUUAAAAAUUGGACCUGAAAAUGUUUUAUGUUUAUUUAAAAAUUUGCUCAGAUUAUGCAAUUAAAUGCGUACAGAGUAACCUUAAACCAUCUGAACAGGUCCAGGUUCUUUGGAAAGUAAAACCCUUGUAAUUAUGGAAUUUGACUUAAAAGGGCUAGGUUUUGUACAAAGAAAAACCCUUGUAGUUUUGUGACAAGUAAAUAAGUAAAUAAAUAAAAAUAGUAAAUAUAUGUAAAUUUAUGUAUAUACACAAAUAAAUGAGCAAGGUAGAUAUAUAUUUUAA